CAACAAAAGAAAAUUAAGGGGCCUUUGUUAUAGACCUAUAGAACAUAAGUUAAUAAUGAACAGCUUGAUUUAAGAGGAGGCAGGAUUAAAAAAACUGAUGAUUAUUUGUUGGAACCUUUGUUUUUGCCUGUUUUUUUCAGGAUGAAGUCAGUACUAGGUGAACACCGUCAUCUUUAAUGUGAAUCAGGAUUAAGAGAAAUUACAUCUUAAAUUUUGAAAAUAGAAAAAUAUAAACCAAUUAAAAAAUGACUAAUUUCCCACCAGACCAAAUGCUCACAAUUAGCUUGAUCAAUUUAAAUUAUUUAAGGAAGUAGAACUGCUGCUUCAUCUCUAACGUGAGGUGCCAAGAAAAUGUACAAAAGGUUAUUAUACAUGUGCAGAAUCUUGGAAUCAAAAAUUAUGUCCACAGUUUAGUCUCGUUAAGUCAGAAUGUGGCCUGAACUAUACACGUAAAUGCUUUGUCUUGUUAUGAAUCUCCCUUUUCUAAUAGUUUUGGCUUUUUUGUCCCCAGGGUGCUGAAGCGCUCAUGGCUUUCUCUUACACUGCCAUCACCCAGCCUGGCUUCUUUCUCCAGCAGUCAGCUCCACCGCUGAUGCCCAAGCCUGGAAAGGACAAUAUUCGGCUUCGGAAGAUCAUCAAGAAAACUGCCAAGAGAAAGGCCUCUGCUCAGACGUCGCAGUCUGCUGCACCUUUCCGUUCCAGCCUUUCCCCUGUGAAUGAAGCAAGCCCUGACCUGGAGCACAGUGACCACUCCACCCCUCCCAAGACUCCAGAGACGCCUUCCAGCUUCUACAGCAUCCACCAGCCGCAACGGAUCUCCAUCAGGCCUCUGUAUCAACAUGUGGCAUCCCCGUACCCACAACGUGCAGCUUAUGGCAAAGCAGCUAGGUUCUCGCCUCAGGCUGUGGAGAUCCCGUCGUACUCUUACUCACAGCAGGUCACCACAGUUUCUUCAUAUUCUGCAUUGGCCCACCAUACUGGAGCCUCGCCUGCCCCGGGCCCAGUCGCCCAGCAAGUGGCACCCAAAAUUUCUCUGUCAGCUGAAACUCACACUGGCCUGAGACCUGAUGCACCUGUAACAACCCCACAACCAAAACCUACAAGUCUGGGUCUGACUCCAUAUCCAUUGGCAGGAGGUCGAGCUGUGAUUGUACCUCUCACUGUGUUGACCCCACUUGUGAAACCUAAAAGUCCACGACCAACAUUCAAAGCAACUGAACCUUCAAGAUCACCCAAAACAAUGUUUGAUGUUCCUCAAAUUAGCAUGUACACAGCAACCACAUCAUACUACGAGACAUCCAGGACUCCACCAGUGUAUGACACAACGGCAUUAACCUCUGUUGGCAGCACAGUACCUCAAAUUAAAAUACCUGUAGAAACAAAACAAGGUUUGACUCCAGAGUCUGAGGUGAGAAGAGGUAUAAAACCAAUGGCCCAGCCUCCUUUACUAGGCACAGACAUCCAGAGAAAAACACCAACUUCAGAAAUUAAAAGAGCAGAGAUUAGUACAAUCAUAACUCAAACACCUGAAAGCAAAAGCACGACCCCAACAUCUGAAAUCAAAAGAGCCACUCCAACGUCUGAAAUCAGAGUAAAAACACCAACUUCUGAGCUCCAAACAUCAAGAAUUUCAGUAGGACGGCCUAAAACCCCAGUGUACCAUGUGCCCCGGGUUAAAACACCAGUUUUCGAAAUCUCAAGACCCAAUCCUCUCUUGUUUGCAGUGUCACCAAUCACAGUAGAACCAGAGAAGUCAAAAACACCUCAAACGGUUUCUGCUGUGAGCAGUUUGGCUACUUCCGAAAGCAUGGUGACUGCUGAGCCUAAACCUACUGAAACAAUACUGAAUGGGGACAUCCAUUUAGAUAUGACACCUUCAGCUAAACCAAUCCAACCAGGGAUGGCAACGUCAAAAUCUGAAUCAGAUCUGACAAGAGAAAAGAUCCCACCUGCCCCAGCUGACCCUCAAACACCCAUAGUGGAGGGAGCAGUGACGUCUUAUGGCUUUCAGAGGCCUAAGACUCCAACAUACGAGGCAUCCCGACUUAUGUCCGCAUCACCUCACUAUACAAGACCAAAGACACCUACUGGUGUAUCACCUGUAGCCUUUCAAAGGCCUAUAACCCCCACCCUAGUGGCUCAGAAGACAAAGUCUACCUAUCGUGGACUUAUGCCGGCUGAAUAUGCUGCUUAUGGUGGAAUCAGAACUUACUCCCCAGCGUUUGGUAUCUCGAGCUCUAUGACAACAACUCAAGAAGAGGUCACAGUCAAACAAGAGGAAUUAGCAGACUAUGAAGCACCUAGCCGAGAACCAUCUGUGACAGCAGAAACCCCCAAAAAUCUGAGAGAUGAGAAGGCUUCCGCCACUGCCUCAGUUCCUAUUAUUGUUGUUUCACAAGCAUCGGACACUUUACGAUCAACAUUAGCACAAGAGGCAAGUAGGGCACCUAGCCAGGUCAUGGCAAAGCAGGAAACAAUGGUGAUUCAAGAAACACCAAAGGCUAAACCUCCAACAGCAGAGGUGACACAUCAAAAGGUGGAAACACCAGUUCAAGAAAUCAUCAAACCACAGACAAAAACUCCUGGAGCCAAACUGCCUAAAAGUCCAGACCAGGAUCCUCUGAAGGCAGUAAGAAGACUUUUAGGCAAAAGUACGGUCCAGACUGUUGAGCAGAAUGCUGAGGCCUCAAAACAAAAAGAGCCAGUGAAACCUGGAGCUGAAGGCGCAAAGCCAAGCUCUGCAGAAGACAAAGGAAAAGACAGGAAAGCAGAUCAAGAAGUAGGUGACAAGUCCCUCCAAGGCGCUGAGCCCCUUCUUAAAGCCCUGCAGAAGCCAAAGGGAAUUAAAGCUAAAGUGAGCGGUUGGUCCCGACUCAAGAAGCACAUGGUGGAGGAGCAGGACGAGCCCAGAUUUCCAAUGAAUGGCUCUGAGAAGGAGGCCCGAGGGCAGGACCAGAGCACUGCCGAGAAGGCCGGCGCUCAGGAUGAGAACCAGACCAAAGACAACGCCAAGGCAACAAAGAUGUGGGACGCUGUCCUCUUCCAAAUGUUCUCCACUAAAGAGAACAUCAUACAUCAAAUCGAGUUAAACCAAAGUGAGAAGGAGAAAAAGGCAGAGAUAAAGGAUGUGAAAGAGAUCCCUUCAUUCGUAUACCGGCUGCCUCUGCUGCUUUUUAGUCCAAGGUUUAAUGCUAAAAAGCUGAAAGCGGCAGCGUCAAGGCCGGUGCCAAAAAUCUCAACUGUGUUUGAAAUGGGUCUGAUUGGGCGCAAAGAUAAAGAAGAGGAACCAAAGGACUUUAAUCGAACAGCGAAAGGCUUCACUGCUACUUAAGCUGCGUAUCCCACCAGGUGCUUCCGAGUUGUGUUUAGGAAUCUUAGCAACAAAAGUGAUGUACAUGUCCGAGUCUCUCUGUGGUAGACGACUAUCUUUUGGAGCAGUGUAGAAAACCAAACCUGAACUUUGAACCUGACAAAUGCUGUGUGACUGGACGUUAUGUUUGUGGAUUAGCUGGAAGGAGAGAGACACAUCUGUCUUAAAGUCAUUCAGACGUCGCACCAAAUUAAAGCCUUUAUGUUUUAAGUAAUUACAGAGCUUCUCCUUUGUUCGCUUCAUCACACGUUCACCAUUAACAUAGAUUAACUUAUAGAUGUGAAUCUCUGGUUGUCUGUGAGACUGUGAUCAUUUAUUUUCAGUAGCUCAAGUGAAAUUUAGAAAAUUAUACUGAAAAGUUUCUUGUUAAGAAUAUUUCAUUAAAAUAUCAGAUUUUGUUGACUAUAUAUAAAAAUGAUUUUAAGACAAUAUGUGAGAGUAAACUUCUGUUUCUCUUUAAGGAUCAUUCAGAUAUCUAGUGUUAUUCAAAAUGGUGCUACCUGCCUCAGGCUGAGACCUCUGCUGGUUAAUGGAUGUGUAUGUAGAGCAAGAGACUGAACCGCGUUUUAGGCUGUGGAGGGUGAUGGCGUGUGAAGGAACUUUCUUAAAGUCACAAUGAAACAUAAAGCGAAUAUCACAUCCUUUGUGAAAACCUUAAUUAAAACCUUGUUCCUGGAGGAGGUGUCUCCUCUGCAACUGGUUCAAAUGUAAUAAGAGAAAAGAGAUGAAAAGAAAUAAAAAUAAAGCUUCAGCUGCAGUUUUUAGUCAUGGCUUAUGAGCCGCUGAGAAUAACUUUGUUUAUACAGCACUGUUCUAAACAGAGCUACAGUAAAACAGAGUAAACAUUAAUAAUGCUAAAGAUUAGAUUACAAUAGUAAUUUAAAAGCAUAUCACAAUGAAAACAAAAGGAUCUGAUGACGACCAACAGCUGAAUGCGAAUUAACUAAGUGUGUGACAACUCACACCUCACACACAUGGAUGCAAUCCAAAAUUCAUUUUUACAGAGUAAGUUAAGUUUUUUGUCUUACUGUAUGCAUAGAACUACGACUGUAUUGGGCUCUAGCAUGGUCCACGCAAGUGCAUGAGUACAGGCAACAUGUUCAGCUCUAGACUGUGUCACCUGCAAAAUCUGAAUGCGACGCAAAGUUUCAUCACCUCGGUGAGCUAAGAGCUUGUGAAAGUAGACAGAGAAGAGGAUGGAUGGAGCUCAGCCUCCGCCAUCUUGGAGAUCAGUGCAAAGUGAACUGUGGGGUCGAAGACUGACGCAGACUAUUUUUUUCUUUUAUUCUCAAAUCUGCCGAGUGACACCAGAGUAUUUUCUAAUGUUAUUUCUAAUGGUUUCUAUUGUGUGUGCUGAUUAAACUAGAGUCAGUUUUAAACAUGUAAAGCUUAGUGGGUGUAUUUUCUGUGAUUCAUCUGAGGAAACGAGGCCCUGUUGACACUUUCAAAUUAAAUUUCAUGUUGAGUUUGUUUCUUGUGAAGCUGUGAUGAACCACCAAGCUGCAGCUAGAAGACAAUUUCUUUUCUUGUCCAUUUGACUGCACCUGAACAGUGCUCAUUAGGUGGCUGUGUCCUUCCUAUGUGUGCGCUCCAUGUGGAAAAGCUGCUAAGGACAACUGUUUCUUCUUGACUGGAUACAGAGAGAGUGGAUUCACACAGUUUCACAGUGAUGAGCUUCAGUAUGUUCAUGUUAGAGGCAGGAAAUGGAAAAUGUUUUGAGUUAACAUAAAAAAAAAUGUUAGCUUUGUAUUUAGUGUGAAAGGCUAAGUACAGAAAAAAAUAAAACAGUGCUCUCACACUCAGGUGGUCAGUUAUGAGGUAUUUACACAAAUUAAAUGCUUUACCAAAUGUCAUUUUCUACUGUUUUUACUUGAAUUUACAGCCAUUAUUUCUUAUGAAAUUAUAAAGAGUGUAUUACACCUGUAGUUUAAAAUGGAAGCAGGAUGAUUAGAACUGCAGAAGCUUCCUCACUGAACCCCAUGAGUACACUUUAGUGUUCAUUUUAAUGUCAAGUCUCAAUUAAAGUGUUGUAUUUAACUGCACAUGAUUUCAUAGACUCAUCUAAUAUUCUGAGACAAAGACAAAGCUCCACAGCAGCGGCUUCCUCAGAC